GGAAUUACAUCAUUUGUAUUCUGUAAUUUGCAAUUUUAACUUUAAUAAAACGUUUUCCCAUCCCUUAAAGGUUCCUUUCUCAAACUGCUCUGUUGAGUGUAAGGCGGGGUUUUCAAGGCAACGUGAAGGUUUCCAUAGUUGCUGUUUUAUGUGUAAAAAAUGCCCACGUAACAGCUAUGUGGAUUAUUCUCGGGAUCCCUAUACCUGUUUUCCAUGUGCAGAGAGUGAAUGGUCUGAAGAGGGCAGCACGAUAUGUAAGACACGUUCUGUUGUCUAUCUACAGUUCACAGAAAUCUCCUCCAUCGCUGUCAUGAUUUCUGCCACAUGCCUAAUUAUUCUCCUUUUUGCCAUAUUUUGCCUUUUCACCUAUAAUAUUAACACACCAGUGGUGAAGUCUGCUGGUGGUAACAUGUGUCUUCUUAUGUUGAUAUGUUUGAUUUUGUCUUCCAUUAGUGUAUAUUUUUUUUUUGGACAACCCACAUUUGUACAUUGCCUCCUGAGAAAUGCCAUUUUUGCAUUUUUCUUCACCGUCUGUCUUUCAUGUUUGACGGUCCGUUCCUUUCAAAUUAUUUGUGUUUUUAAAAUGGCUGCUCAGUUCCCUAGGCUGCACAGCCUUUGGGUAAAGCACAAUGGACAGUGGCUCUUCAUUGCAUUUUCUUCUGUCAUUCAUUUAAUUUCUUGUGUGAUAUGGAUGACUGUCUCUCCUGACAAACCCAUCGCUGACUCAUGGACUUUUAAAGAUCAAAUUAUGCUCAUCUGUGAAAUGGGGAACACUAUAACCUUUACCAUAGUUUUGUUUAUAAGUUGGUUUCUUGGUUUCCUGUGUCUCCUGUUUUCUUACAUGGGAAGAGAUCUGCCAAAAAAUUACAAUGAGGCCAAAUCAAUAACUUUCAGUCUCCUUUUGUACUAUCUGAGCUGGAUUGUGUACUUCACAGCAUACCUCUCUGUCAAAAGCAAGUACAUCAUGCUUUUGAAUGCAAUGGCCCAGAUAUCUAGUAUAUAUGGAAUUCUAUUCAGCUAUUUCAUAAAAAAAUCUUUCAUUAUAAUAUUCCAACCUCAAAAGAACACUCCUGCAUACUUUCAAACAUCUAUUCAGAAUUACACCCAAACCCUUAGUAGGACUUAG